UGACGUUUGCAACCGACGUCAUCACAUGACUGUCGGUGAGCUCUUGUCGAUUUAUCAAUUUUUAAUUUGGUUGGUAACUUUGUGCAUUUUUAUUUCAAGGUGAUAACAGCUAGUUCACGUGACAAUUUUUAAGCCCACCGUUCAUGUGUGCUAAGUUUCAUUUAUACAUCUAUACAAUAAUCUAGUUAUAAUUUAGUUUUUGUUUCUCGAGGGUCUAAAAAUUUGAGAUAUGGCACCCGCGGCGACUGCAGUGAAACCCCGGCCUGAUGACGAUCCUAUCGGCAUCAGGGCCGUGCUCCUGGGGCCCCCUGGAUCCGGGAAAGGUACACAGGCACCACGUCUCAAAGAGAAGUACUGUGUGUGCCACUUAUCAACAGGAGACAUGUUAAGGGCUGAGGUAUCAUCAGGAUCAGAACUGGGCCGUCGGCUCAAAAAAGUCAUGGAUGAGGGGAAACUGGUGUCUGAUGAGAUGGUGGUGGAUAUGAUUGAUAAAAACCUGGAUCAGCCUGAGUGCAAGAAUGGUUUUCUACUAGAUGGGUUCCCCAGGACUGUGCCACAGGCCGAAAAGUUGGAUGAUUUACUAGCCAAGAGGAAGACUGCCCUUGACGCCGUCAUCGAAUUCGGAAUCGCCGACAGCUUGCUUGUGCGUAGAAUCACGGGAAGACUGAUCCAUCCCUCUAGCGGUCGUAGCUACCACGAAGAGUUUCACCCACCCAAGAAACCAAUGACCGAUGACAUCACUGGGGAACCGUUGGUAAGGAGGUCUGACGACAAUGUCGAGGCUCUGAAGAAACGUUUGGCCACAUAUCACGCGCAGACAGUGCCGCUCGUAGACUACUACAUGAGGAAAGGCCUUCACUGGCGGGUAGACGCCGCCAAGUCCGCCGAGGAUGUCUUCAGCAGAAUCGACAACAUCUUCAAAAGCAGGAUCUUCAGUAGAGAAAGAGCCGCGUUGUAAUCAAGUUUAAGUGUACAAAACUAAUUGUCUGAAUGUGAUUUGUUUAAGGACUGUUUGUUUUGCUAAAACUAUAUCAAUCUAUAGUUAUCUAUUUUAGAGACUAUAUUUUUUCUUGAAUACAGUGAACUGGACAAAUCA